AUGAAUGAGUUAUUUAGGAAAUCAUUUUAGGCUUCAACAGUUGAUACUAGAUAAAGAUUGGCAUCCAGAUAGACAAGAUAGCAUUAGGAUACAACCAUUCCAAAAUCCAUUUUAGAUCAAAAUGGAAUCGAAAGAUGGAUCAAUGAUAUUUUGAGAGAAGCUUGUUUAAAUGAGAAAUAGAACAGUUUGAACAAAUUGGGUCUUGACAGAAGUACUUUAAAGGUUAGUGCCGGAGUUAAGGAUGAAGACGUUAGUAGACUUUAUCGAAGCAUGUUUGUUUAUACAGUGGGAUUUUAUGAAAUGCUUCAUGAAAUGCUUAGAAAUUUGUAGUUAACAGCAGCCAUUUGGAAGGUCUUUGGGAUACUUUUGGAAUAUGUUGCUAAAGGAGAUUUUUAAUUUGCAAUAAAUUAAAUAUAGUAAGAAACAUAAUAAAAAAUUGAAGAGCUGAAUGAGACAUUAACUUAAAGAGAAACUAAAUUUAAAAUAGUAGAAAAAAAGGCAUAGGAAGAAAUAAUUCAAUUAUAGAACAUGUUAUAAGAUAUAACGGAUUAAAAUAAUGUCUUAAAGUUACAGAGAGACAAUGCUGAGAUAGAUUUCCAAUAAUCUAAUACAGCAUUUGAAGAGGAAGUAGCCUUAAGAAUCAAGUUUGAAUAUAGGAUUAAUGAAAUUACAUCCAUAUAUAGGGAAUUAGCUUAAAGUCACUCUUAAUUGUUUGAGGAACUUCAAGAAAUAAGAAUACUGUAUGACAAGACUAGUAAUGAUUUAAUGAAAUCCAAGAAAAAAUUAGAAACUGUGAUUGAAGAAAAGGAUAUCAGAGAUAAUGAAAUUAAUCAUCUGAAAUAAACAGUAGAAAAUUAAAAAAGAUAAUUGGAUGAAAAGGAAAACAAGAUUCUAAUAUAUGAGUUGAAAAUUAACAAAUUAACGAAGAUUUCUGUUAAUGAUUAAAGCAUUUCAAUGAAUUAUGAACAUUAAUUUAAUCAAUUAUGUAUGCAAUUUUCAAAGUAUAAGGAGGAAAACAUUAUAAAAUUGCAAGAAUUGGAAAAAUAUCAAAGAAAUUAUUAGGAUGUCUUGGAUUUAAAUAAGAAGUUGACUAAUGAGAUUCAAAUAAUAAAAUAAGAAAAAUUUUAAUUAUAAACAGAAAAUAAUAAAUAUAAAAUCACAGUUGAAUCAUUUGAAUAAUUGGAAUAAGGAUAUAGAUCUAGCAUUUUGUAAUUGUAAUAAGAAAAUAGAGAAUUAAUUGAAGAACAUGAAAGUGAAAUUAAGAAAUUCUAAAGGAUCCAAGUAGAACAUUCAUUUUAAGCACAAAGAAUAUAGGUAUAAUAAAAUGAGAUUUUGGCAUUGAAUCAAAAUAUUUAACAAAUGAAGAUUGCCAAAAUCCAUUUGGAUGAGUUAUUUAUCAAAGAGAAGGCUCAAGUAUAGUUACUGUAAAAUAGUUUAUCAGGAAAAGAAGAGACCAUUUUAGACUUAGAAAAAUGCUUAAGUUUCAUUUAAUAAAGAUUACACACUUUGACUAUGGAAAUGAAUGAGUAGGAAAAUAAAGCAAGGUUGAAUUAAUAGGAUUUCAAAGCAGCUGAAUUAUCGUAUAAGAAAUAAAUUGAGCAAUUUCGAGAAACUUUAGACACUUAAAGACGCGAACUGAUUAAUGAAAAGGAUAAACUCGAAGCCCUUUAAAAUCAAUAUGAAUCCCAGAAAAAGGAAUUAUCAGAAAUUAAGUCUGUGUACAAAGAAGAAGUUUAUGAGAAGAAUAUUUUAGUUACUAAAUAAAUAUAUUCAAAUCUUAUUAUCAAUAAUGAUAACUAAAAAAUAGGUGGAUAUAUUAAUGAGAUUACUGAUUUACAACUUAAGUAUGAUGAAACUACGAGAAUGUAUAAACAACUAGAAAUUAAAUAUAAGGAAUUAGAACAAUUGAUGAGUAAAGACUAAAAGUUUUUAAUAGAUGGACAUGAAUCUAAAAUUAUUCAUUAUAAAGCCAUGCAAAAAGAGAUGGUUUCAAAGAUGAAACUUGAAGAUGCUUUAAGUUAAUGGGAUAGAACUAAUUAAAAACUAAUUAAAUUAGAUCAAUCAUUUAAAAAUCUUCAUGAAUAACUCAAAUAACUUAAAAGUCAAAAUUUGUAAAUGGAAAAAGAAAAUGAGGAGCUAACUAUUAAAUUGAGAGAGCAAAUUACAUUAAUCUAAAAAUUAAAGGCAGAUAAUAAUAAAAGUACUAGUGAUUUAAAGCUAAUAAAGUUCAAAUAAUUGGUAUAUUAUGCCUGUCUUAAGGAUGUGAAUUUAAAAGUAAAAUAAUUCUCAGAUCUAAUACUAUAAACCUAAAAUAGUAAUUAGGAGUUGAACAAUGAAUUAGCAAAAGUGAAAGAAGAAAAUCUUAAAUAAAAAUAACUUAUAAGAAGAUAUAGGAUAUCUGCUCAAGGAUAACAAUAACCAAGUCAAGUUCAAUUAGAGGAAUAAGAUUCAACAAAUGAUCUUCAAAAUUAAUAAAAUAUCAAAUAACAUAACAAGACUGAACAUUUAAAAUCAGAAAAAUCAUAAGAUGAUUAAUCUAUUUCUCUUAAUAAUUCAAUUCUGUUGUAAAAUCAAACAAAAUAAAUAAGAAAAUCUAAAUUUUAAAUUGAAGUAGAAUAAAUCGAAUAGAAUUUAUCCAAAAAAUAAUAAGAAGUACAUUAAUUAAAAUUAGAAUAAUUGUCUUAAACUAUAGAUUUAAAAUAAUCUUAAAUUGAAAAUAAAACUUAAAAUUAACCAGUAAAAUUAAAUAGUCUUUAAAUUAAGGAUGAUCUUCUAAACAUUGAUGACAAUCAGUUUUCAAUUGAAAACGAAAAGAACUAAUAAACUGCUUAUUAAAAGUCUCGUAGUAUUAGUGUAAGUUAAGGAAGCAAAAGUUAGAGAAGCAACAAAUCAUAAGGCUAGAUGGAUUUCGUAGUUAGAGUCAAGAAAAAUACUUUGAUAUAAAAUGCAAAGAUGAAUUCAAAGUAAUUUGGUAGAUUAUUUUAAAUUACUAGAGAUCAUUAUCAAUCUUGA